CCGUGACGUGUUGGUGAAGGGAAGGAGCGGUGCCGGGUAGUCCGCUGUGUCAGGCCGUGGAGGUUAGGAAGAUGGGAACCGAUCAAGCGGAGAGAAAGGAUGUGACUGCUUCUUGAGCUACUGAUGUCUGCAGACUCCUGCCCCUUCUGCUAGAAUGUUUCUAGUGAAUGCACCUCCAGUGGCAGCUUUUCCGACACAAUGGACACCGUUUGGACCCAAAGCUACCCAUAAAGUGCCCUUGUCUGUAGUUCACCCUGAACAAAUACAAAAAGCACCAAACCUUCUGGGCAUUAUAGACCAUCAACAGAGUAAUGAAUCUUCUUGUGCAGUGAGAGCCGAAUAUGAGCGUAUUAUGCAGAAGAACAGAAAGGGGGAAUUAAACAAUGACCGAGGACUAAAAUCCAGUGCUGCACUGUUGAAAGGGCACACAAAGGAACAGGCUACGUUCACACUUCCCACACAGUUAAAAGUCAAAGAGGAAAGUUCACCAGCACUGGAUUCAGACAGUGAUGAUUCUGUCGACAGAGGCAUUGAAGAAGCUAUUCAGGAAUAUCUAAAAAACAGAAGCACUGCAGAUGCUUCCUCUACCAUUGCGGUCACAAAGAACUCAAGCCCUACUGAUAAUUCUGACCAGCUAAAAACAAUUUCUAGUAAUGUACCUGCUUGCAAGUCACCUGUUAAAAUGGUCACGUCAACUACCACCUGCAAUACUUUUUCUGCUCUGGACCGUUCUUGUUGUUCUUCUCCAGAAAGUGUGGGUAGCGAUGAUUCCUUCGAGCAAAGUAUCAAGGAUGAAAUCGAGCAGUUUCUGAGUCAGAAGAAGUUGCAGAAUACUGCGAGUGACUCUAGCACUGCCAAGAAGGCUGCCCAGAGCAAUGUAGCUGCUAAACCAAAGCAAAAGCCAUUUAAGAUUGCCGAGAAACAAAGCCCCAAGCCAGGGAUCAAGGGACUUCCGGACAAGCUGCCUUCUGAAAGCCUUAAUCUGCAGCCUAAAUGUUCGAAGCAAAAGGCUGAAAAUGUUAAAACUAGUAUCUACCCUAAACCUUUUUCUAGCUCGGUUAAGCAGAGCGAGCAGAAAAAUGAAGCUUCCUCAAGGCAGUGUGAGGCGCUGUCCGACUCCAGUAGUGAUGACGGCAUAGAGGAAGCAAUUCAACUUUACCAGCUAGAAAAGAGCAGGCUAGAAGGAAAUCUCAUUGUGGAUCACAAGUGCUCUCUAGAGAAGGAGGCAAAAAGCACUGUCACAUCUACUGGAACUUUCCCCCACUGCCAAGAUACAAACUCCUCUCCAGAUCCACAUACCAACACAGACUAUAAAAAAAGAAAACUUCCUUCCAGCAGUCAUGCAGCAUCUCAAGAUGCCUCCAGCUGUCACCCCCCCACUACCAAACGGACCCUUUAUUUUGAAGAUGACAGCAACCCAAAAUGUGACGGAGUACAAGCGACACGCAGGGCUGAAACAGCUGCCGAGCUAAUGUGCGCUGAAGCGAUACUUGACAUUUCUAAAGCAAUUUUGCCUUCUCAACCGGAAACUACUUGUAUGGUUUCACAAGAAACACCCCCUGCUCAACCACAAUCCCCUUGCGCUAGUGACAGCUCUGUUGACAGCGAUGACAGCAUAGAGCAGGAGAUAAGAACAUUUCUCGCUCGUAAAGCGCAAGCAGAGAGCCUUGGCAUGUCUCCUGCCAUACAGACCUCUCCAAAUCCGCAAGGACUUGAGCAACGUAGGCAGCAGUCACCUUCCAGCAAUAAAACUUUGUCCCAAAAAGGAAAGUUAAAUGAGAGCAAAAUUGUACAAAAGGACCUGCUGGGAAUGGGGGAAAAGAGGCGUGCAGAUGUUAUUGGUAUAGCAAGUACAGUGUCUUGUCCCCCGGAAAUCUUGCAGGCCAUAAGUACAGAUGUUGGGAUGAAUGAGUGCUCCAAGCCAUCCUACAAAUUGGAAGAAGCCAGUCACAUUGUUCAGGAGGCAGCAAAAAGCCUUGUAUCACUUCCUGCAAUAACUGGAGGAAAACGGAAGAUAUACACUAAAAUGAGGAGCAACUGUAGUGUAGACACAAGCAGUUCUUUAGACAGUGAUGAGGAUUUAGAUUCAGCUAUAAAGGACCUCCUUCGAUCCAAGAGGAAAUGCAAAAAAAGACCAAAGGAUGGGAGGCCGCAGUAUAAGAAAAGGGUCAGGUUUGGGGAAACCACCACCAGGACUCUAGAAUCACUUGGCACUGGGGGUGAUUUAAAGGACUGCAUGCUCAAGCCUGCUGUUAAAGGCUGCCUUGUAAAUACCAGCAGCCCUCAAGAGAAUGCUUUAAAGUCCGGUUUACACAUGAAGAUAAAAGAGGAGUGCAUGAGCACAGCAAGCAAUUCAGACUUGUCACCAAAUAAACCUGAGUGCAAACCAGUCAUUGUUUCAGACAGUUUGAGUAGUGCCUUGCCUGAAGCACAAGACAGUAGUUCUGUGGAUAGUGAUGAUAGCAUUGAACAAGAGAUAAGGAAAUUUUUGGCAGAGCGUGCAAGAGAGUCUGCAGAACUUUGUGCAGGGCAAAAUGCACCAACUGCUGUCACCAGUGUAAGUGUUGCCACUCAUAAUGACUCCCCAGCCAGUCUGAGUACUCCUCCACCAGUAAAACAAGAACCCAGGGUUUUGUCCAGUUCAGAGACGCAGACCAUACUUCAAAAAGUCAUGGAAAAGGGCCGCUCAAAUGCACCUGUACCCCAUCCAGCAGUGAUACAGCGUGUGCAGGACUAUAAGGAUGUUGUACCACAAGUCAGGCUGAUACAGCGACCACCUGCAGAAGUGCCCAAGGCAUCAACUCCUGUGCAUAGUGUCAUUGUAAAGAGGGAAUGUUUUCUAGAGAAAAACAGAGUGGUAAGACCAGCUGAGAAGGUCUUCCAAAGCACUCCCGAAAGAGCUAUUGUAAAAACUGGAGUCAACGGAUCACAAGGCAGUUCUCCUGUUUCUGGAAACUUUGUCGCCGGUCUCAAGUACAUUUCAGGGACGGACCAACAGCUCCUACUAAACAUGGGAAAGGCCAGCUCUACAAGGAUGGCAACAGAACUCUACAGUCCUGGUGGAAAUAUCACUAGAUUGGGACCUUGUCAGCCAGUUCAGAAAAAGACGUUGAUUUUGGAACAGCCGAAAAUUGUCCAAGCUCCUACCUUCUCUCUCAAUGCCCCUGUGGUUCGUCCUGCGUUGUAUGUUGUGACCACUAAGGUGGUCAAGGAUGCUCCUACUGCACUAUGUCUGCCGAUAAAUACAGCCACCUAUGAUGCUGGACUCAAUUUAAUGAGUAUACAAUACUGUCAAGGUCAGGUAGCAGCUCAUAGCCCUGUGUGUACCACGCCUUUCCCUUUUCAGCAAACUAGAGGCAGUGAGAUUGUGGUGAAUAUUCCAGGUGCGACAGGAGAGGCGUUGCCUCUUGGUACCAAAGCAAGAGAGAGCCAGUCAGUGACAGAAAUAGCCAGCAGAUCUUGUAAUCUUAAAGACAAAUCGGCAGAGAAUGUAGGGACAGGCUCUGAUGUCAGUUCGAACAGCAGUGGAAGCUCAGCUAAGAGAAAGAACAUGUAAGUACUUUAGUCCAUUAGAGCUGUAUAGGACCACUGUAAAUAGUUUGAAAGUUGAAGCAAGUCAUGUCACAGCAUCGGUGUUAUAAAGUAGGGCACAGAGUUGGCCAAACUGUUGUCCUUUUGUGGUUAAGGAACUACAUGACCAGGCAUGCCCAGCAAGCUAGCCUUGUCAUUCCUCAGCAUCCAAAAGGUGACAGGUUGUCUUCCUCUAUCAUAGAACA